CAAACACUUCAAUCAAGCAUACCAGUUUCCUUCCCAUUUCAAUUAAUUUAGUUAUUAUAACAAACCCAUUAUUUUGUACCUAACGAUAGGAGAUAGGAGAUAGGAGAUAGGAAUUGAAGACAUGGUUGAGCUUUGUCAAAUUGUGACAAGGUUGUUGUAUGUGUGCCUCCUUGUUGUUUGUCUAGUGAUUAGUGUUCCACUUGCAGAGGCCAGUAGAGUUCGACAUUUCCAAUGGGAGGUAAAGCAUGAGUUCAAGUCUCCAAAUUGCUAUAACAAACUGGUCAUCACCAUUAAUGGGAAGUCCCCAAGUCCAACAAUCUUGGCUCAACAAAACGAUACUGUCAUUGUAGAGCUCAAGAACAGUUUGGAAACUGAAAAUGUCGCCAUCCAUUGGCAUGGUAUUCGGCAGAUUGGAUCACCUUGGUCUGACGGAACAGAAGGGAUAACUCAGUGUCCGAUUUUACUAGGAGACGCCUUUGUCUACAAAUUUGUUGUGGAUAGGCCUGGGACGUAUAUGUACCACGCACAUUAUGGAAUGCAAAGAACAGGUGGGCUGUAUGGAUCCAUCCACGUAGCACUUCCUGACGGAGAAUCAGAGCCCUUUUCCUACGAUUAUGAUCGGAGCAUCAUCCUCAACGAUUGGUACCACAAAAGCACAUUUGAACAAGCCGCUGGACUAUCUUCCAUACCCAUUGUUUGGGUUGGGGAGCCUCAGUCACUCCUGAUACAAGGAAAAGGACAGUUCGAUUGCUCUACUCCUGGUAUACAAGCCAGUCUUUGUAAUGCUACAAAUCCUAAAUGCUCUCCUUAUGUUCUCAGGGUUAUUCCUGGAAAAACAUACCGACUACGGAUUGGUAGCUUGACUGCUUUAUCAGCCCUCAGUUUUGGAAUUGAGGGUCAUAAUAUGACCGUUGUUGAAGCAGAUGGGCACUAUGUUGAGCCAUUUGUAGUGAAAAAUUUAUUCAUCUACUCUGGUGAGACAUACUCUAUCCUAAUAAAAGCUGAUCAAGACCCUUCAAGAAAUUACUGGGCAAGUUCAAAAGUGGUUAGCCGGAAUAGCACAACUCCAAAUGGUUUAGCCAUUCUCAAUUACUACCCGAACCAUCCUAAAAGAUCUCCCCCAACAGUUCCACCCACCGGCCCUCUUUGGAAUGAUGUAGAAGCCAGGGUGAAUCAAAGCGUAAACAUCAAGGCCCGAAAAGGUUACAUCCUACCUCCUCCCCAAACAUCAAACAGAGUAAUUGUGAUGCUCAACACUCAAAAUACCAUCAAUGGCCACGUACACUGGUCCAUCAACAAUGUCCCCUUCAACUUUCCACAAACCUCAUAUCUAAUUGCCCUCAAGCAAAAUUUAAAGCACGCAUUUAACGAAAAUUCUCUUUCGUAUGGUUACGACUUUGCCAACUACGACAUUUACAGUAUAGCUAACAAUACAAAUGCCACUUCAAGUGACUUCAUCUAUAGGCUGAAAUUCAAUUCAACAGUGGACAUUAUACUUCAAUAUGCCAAUACAAUGACCAAGAACAACAGCGAGACACAUCCUUGGCAUCUACACGGGCACGAUUUUUGGGUCAUGGGUUACGGGACAGGCAAGUUCAACAUGUCUACAGAUCCAAAAAAGUACAAUUUGGUUAAUCCAAUCAUGAAGAAUACAGUGGCUGUGCAGCCUUAUGAAUGGGCAGCUUUAAGGUUCCGAGCAAAUAAUCCUGGUGUGUGGGCAUUCCAUUGCCACAUAGAGCCUCACUUCUAUAUGGGAAUGGGGCUGGCUUUUGAAGAACGGAUAGAUAAAGUGGGACGAUUGCCAUCAUCUAUUAUGGGUUGGGGUGAAACCAAAAGCCUUCCUCCAUAG